UAUAACACAACUACAACAAAGAUUACACCUCACAAACUAGAGACCACAAUCAAAGAAGCACCUAAUACAAAGGCCACCAGACCCUCAAAGAUAUCAAACAAAAUGUUAAAACACCUAGACCCUCGAGCAAAAACUACAAUUCUAGAUAUACUCAACAACUGUUUGUCACUACACGAUAUACCCACUACAUGGAAACAUA